UUUCAAUUGGAUUUCACAGCAAAAGUUUGUUCAAAUAUUGCCAAGCACUUAAAUAAUUCUUAGAAGGGGAAUCCCAACGCAAAGCAUUAAAAGCCACAAAAACCAACUUUUAAAAUGGCAGAGAUUCAAUCAACCUUGCAAAAUAUUGCCGAAGGUAUAUUAAAUGAAGUUGCUGAAAACUUGGAACUGGCCAAUCCUGAAGCUGACAAUGCACUGGAGGUGGAAAAAUCCAAGGAUGAUUUCGCUAAGGAGUCGGCUGCUAUAAUACAGCAAGUCAAGGAAUUAAGUGCAGCAUUUGAAAAACUUGUGCUGCAAAUCAAACCUCAGAAUUCAGAUGAUCAGAAUGAAGUUGGAGUGCAAAACAUAGACUCCUUCUACGAUCUUCACCGUUUGUGGCAGGAGCAGGUUGCAAAUCUGACAGCCAUUCAAAAUAUGCAGGCCGAAGACUUUCAAAAGCAAAUAUUGGAGAAGGAUCAAGUGCGUCAAAAACUACUAGCUGACCUGGAAAAUCAGGGACACGCCCAUUUGGUGGAAAUCGAAAAGUUGAAGAAACAAUUUAUAAUCGAUCUGGAGGCAAAGGAUAAAAUUUGCUUGGAGCUAGAGGAACAAAUCGAACGACAGCGAGGAGAUCACGAAGAGAGUGUCUCCUGCUCGAUAUGCUUGGAUCCCUGGACUCUGUCUGGAUACCACCGAUUGGUAUCCCUGGCUUGUGGACAUCUCUUCGGUGAUCCUUGCAUUCGAGAAUUUCUGGCAAAGCAACAAAUUUGUCCACAGUGCAGAGCUCAUGCUCAAGUCGGUGAUAUUCGUUAUCUUUUUGGUCGCCCAAUAUAAUUUCUUUUUUUUUAUCCUUAUCACAAUCAAAAGGUUACAAUAUGAAUAACUACUUUUCGGCUUAUCUUAUGGUGAUAUGCCAAAUUAAAUUUAACUGAUUUCUUUCAAAUG